AUGGAGAAGCUAAUUUCCCUAAGUUUGGUGGUUGUUGCCCUAUUUUCUUUCAUUCAAUUACCUCCAAGCCAUUGCUCUACUUUGUUGAUAGAGAAAGGAACUGAUUUGAUAGAAAAAACUUGUAGGCACACAAAAUAUUAUAAUUUAUGUAUCUCAUCUCUUCAUGCUGAUUCUCGAAGCGUUAAAGCAGAUGCCAAAGGGCUUGCUCGUAUAAUGCUAGAGUUGUCUCUGGCUAAAGCCAAUGUCACCUUGGUAUAUAUACAACAAUUGUAUAACAUGACCACAGACCCUGUACUAAAGCCAUACUUUAGUUCAUGCAUUGAGCUAUAUAGGGACGUUGCCGAGCAAGUUCUCCAAAUGGCAAUCUCGUUUUUGGAUUCCAACAAUUACAAAGAGUCGAGCAAAAAUGCUGAGUAUGCUAGCACAACCGCACAAGAUUGUGAAAAUAGAUUUAAAGGACCACCCGAAGUUCGUAAAUCACCAUUAACGAAAGAGAACAGUUCUCUUUCUCAGCUCUCAUCAGUGGCAGGAGAGAUUUUACCUCCAAGCCAAUGCUCUACUUUGGUGAUAGAGAAAGGAGCCGAUUUGAUAGAAAAAACUUGUAGGCGCACAAAAUAUCAUAAUUUAUGUGUCUCAUCUCUUCAUGCUGAUCCUCGAAGCGCUAAAGCAGACGUUAAAGGGCUUGCUCGCAUAAUACUAGAGUUGUCUCUGGCUAAAGCCAAUGUCACCUUGGUAUAUAUACAACAAUUGUAUACCAAGACGACGGACCCGGUACUGAAGCCAUACUUUAAUUCAUGCAUCGAACAAUAUAGGGACGUUGCGGAGAAAAAUCUCCAAAGUGCAAUCAUUUUUUUGGAUUCCAACAAUUACAAAGAGUCGAGUACAGAUGCAGAGUAUGCUAGCAUAGCUGCACAAGAUUGUGAAGAUAGGUUUAAAGGACCACCCGAAGUUCGUAAAUCACCAUUAACGAAAGAGAACAAUGCUCUUUCUCAGCUCUCAUCAGUGGCAGGAGAGAUUGUCUACAUAUUAUGGCCCCUCUUAAUAGAUACAUAA